AUGGAGUACUCCCUGACACCCUCCGAGGUCGAGAAACGCCAAUUUAAGGACGAAAUUGUGCUCAUGCUCCGCGACGCAGUCAGGGUCGAGCUUUCGACUAUUCCCCUCUAUUUGUACUCAAUCUUUAGCAUCCGAAAUGACAAUGGGGCAGGAGGCAGCAUGACAAGGAAGAAGAUCCUAGGUAGUCUCUCGUUCAAGCCGCAUCUCAUCAAGCUGCUGAUCCCGAGGCGUGUAGUCGUCGUUCAUCAGGAAAUGCUACAUCUUGCACUAGCGGGGAAUCUCUUGACAUCCAUUGACUCUGGUCCUCAACUUUACUCAACUGCAUCUGUCCCAACGUAUGGCGGCCCCGACGAUUUCAUGCUUCAUUCGAAAAUUCCCCUCAAACUGCAGCUAUGCGACAAGAGCAUGCUCAAAUCGUUUCUACAAAUUGAGGCACCGUACGAGAAACCACAGAUCCUGUCUGAUACCGAAGAGCAGGCGGACAUCACGUCCUCCAGCAUAUGGGAAACGUUAUGGUACGGCAUCUUAACUCAAUUCAAUAGCAUCGGGGAGUUCUACACUAAGCUUGAGUCGAUGAUCAUAAACUGCGAACCAUAUCUUGAAUUUAAAAAUAGGGAAAUCCAAUACUCACCGACAGAAUUCUUCAGCGACAUGAUGGUGCAGAUCGUCGAUCAGAAAUCUGCAUACAAGGCGUUGAAGCUCAUCAUUGAUCAAGGCGAAGGUAGUGUUGGAGUUGAAGAGGCUCACUACCAGAUGUUCCUCGACCUCUAUCAGGGUCCGACAACCUGGCAAUGCUGGCCCGUGCCUGCCUCGCCGACAACCAAAAUGUAUGCGGACGAUCCGUUCUUGCACGAACUUGCGCUCGCAUCAAAUGCUGUCUACUGUUAUCUUCUCAUCACGAUCCAGAAGACAUGGCGCGCCGCUGACCUUGUCGUGCGCCGUGCGCUCAUCGCCAUGAUACACUCAAUUAUGCUCGACGUGUUGUCCCCGCUCGCAGACUUGAUGGUCGAGAAGCCGUUCAAGGACGGGCAGCACGCUGCUCCUCCGUUUGAAUUCUACAGGACCAAGGCAGGGGAGGACCCGGAAAAGGUUGAUGACGCUGGUGUAGAGCUACAUCAAAAAUUGAAGGGCCAUCUUGACGCAGCGGCCGAGUUGGCCAAUCGAGACGAUAAGGAGACAUUGCAGCUGAUUCGUUCUGCGGUGGAUCGAAUCCCGUGGCCCGGCAAUGAGGUUUGA